AUGAGCGAUCUUGUUGUCAAUCAGAAAUCCUUGCCGGAUAUAUCGAAACCAAAAUGGGAUCAGAGCACGUACAUCGGUAAGAGAAUGUUUCUGUGCACACCACAAAAACAUAUUCAGGUCGCACAAAACACUUCUUCUCCUCCACCAGUCCGUUGACCUUGUUUUCCUCGGCGGCCAGACAGGAAAAGUGUCGCCAGAUUGUCGUGGAUUACAAGAAAGGGAUCAUCAGUCCGACGUUGACUGUGGACGAAUUAUGGAGGGCCAAGGCACUCUACGACUCCACGUACCAUCCGGACUCCGGAGAGAAAAUGUUCUUUCUGGGGAGAAUGAGUGCACAGGUAACAGGAUAGCCGUCUCAGUGACUAGAAACCGUUCCCAGAUGCCCGGAAACAUGGUCAUCACCGGAAUGCUGCUCAGUCUCUACCGUACUUUCCCCGGCGUCGUCUUCUCCCACUGGAUCAACCAAUCCUUCAACGCCGUCGUUAACUACACUAACAGAAGCGGCAACAACAAGGCCACGAACGAACGUCUCUUUGUUUCGUAUUGUUGUGCGACUGGCGGAGCCAUGACUGCUGCUCUCACUUUGAAUCGGAUGGUCAAGAACAGCCACGGGUUGGCCGCCCGUCUGGUCCCUUUUGCCGCCAUCGCUCUUGCAAACGCGAUCAAUAUUCCGAUGAUGAGGAGCAAGUGAGAGAGGGACUGACGAUUCUUCAUACGAACUUUGAUUGCAGUGAAGUGACGGAGGGAAUGGAGUUGAGGGACGAAAACGAUGAGCUGGUGGGGAAGUCCCGGCAAAUGGCCGUGCUUUCCAUUUCGCAGGUCACCUUGAGCCGAAUUGCGAUGGCAAUGCCGUACAUGGGUUAGAGAUUCAAUGUUCAUUAUUUUUCUAUAUUAUUAUCGUCCAGUAAUGACGCCGAUCAUCAUGAACCGUAUCACUCGUACUGCCUACUAUCGCACUCGUCCGUGGAUGCAAAAGUACUCGGAGAUUCCCAUACAGACUAUCCUCGCGGGACUCGGUCUCUACUUCACCACUCCUCUCUGUUGUGCUCUUUUCCCACAAAAGAGCUCAAUUGAAGUGAGCAAUUCUUCCAGAAAUCCUCUAUUUUCAUAUCCGUUUCAGGUGUCGAAGCUUGAAGAAUCCGUUCAGAAAGACAUACUUUCCCGUCGAAAUCCCCCGAAAGUCGUCUACUACAACAAAGGACUCUGA